CAACCCAGCGACUCCAUUCCUUGCCAGUCAGCCCCAUCCCCAUUCCUUGUCAGUCAGCCAGUCGCCGCCGCUGCUCGACGCCGCCGCGCCGGCCAACUCAUGAGCAGUGAACCCCACAGAGAAGGCACAGUCCACAUGAGCGAGGAUGCCACCUCGCCGGCGCUGGAGCCGGGGCCACCGCCUCUGCCGGACAACGACGACCUCCACCGGGAGAUCUUCCUCCGCCUCCCGCCGCUCCCCUCCUCCCUCCCCCGCGCCUCCCUCGUCUGCAAGCGCUGGCGCCGCAUCCUCUCCGACCCGGCCUUCCUCCGCCGCUUUCGCGCCCACCACCGGACGCCUCCCCUCCUCGGCUUCUUCGCCGACGAGGACGGCGACAUCGAGUUCAUCCCCACGCUGCGCCGGCCCGACCGCAUCCCGCGCGAGCGCUUCUCCCUGCCGCGGCGCGACGCCGGCGACUACCUGAGCUUCCUCGGAUGCCGCCACGGCCUCGCCCUCCUCAUCGACCGCGCGCGCCUCGAGGCCGUCGUGUGGAACCCCGUCACCGGCAGCCAGCUCCGCGUACCUUUCCCGCCGGGGUUCGGCCAAGGACACAACGUCUACAGAGGCGCCGUCCUGAGCUCCUCCGGCGACGGCCACGUGCACGGUGAUUGCCGCCUGAUCCCCUUCAAAUUGGUACUGGUGCAUCAUGCUGAUCUCAGUGUCGCGAUUGUGUCCGCCUGCCUAUAUGAAUCGAAGUCUGGUAAAUGGGGCAAUGCCAGCUCAAUGGCUAUUCCACAUUUCUCUAGUUUGCAUCAGCCCGGUGUCCUUGUUGGGAAUCAAGUUUACUGGAUGCUAUUGGGGACUAGCGACAUCCUUGAGUUUGAUUUGAAUGGCCAUAGCUUAGCUGUAAUUAAGAAGCCAGAGGACGCCCAUGUUAAAAGCAAUUCAGGCCUUCAGGCCUUGCGGACAGAAGAUAACAAGCUUGGCCUUGCAACUAUUUCAGAACUGGGCAUCCAAUUGUGGGGGAGGGAGACCAAUUCAUACGGUGUUGGCAGAUGGGCGCCAUUGAAAACUGUUGAACCAGACAAGCUCCGUUCAAUAAGUCCAUCAAUGAGGAUACGGCCAGCAACGAUUUUGGGGUUUGACGAGGAUAACAAUGCCUUUUGUAUUUGCACGAAUAUUGGCCUCUACAUGAUCCAGCUUGGGUCAUUGCAGUUCACAAGACUUUUUGACGGCGAUAUGUUUACUGCCUACUAUCCCUACACAAGUUUCUACACUGCAGGCUUGGGCAUUGGCGGUGGAGAUGAUAGAGCUGAAAUCCUGAACAAUGCAUGAGACAGUUAUCCAAUAUAUUUGAGGUGUUUGAUGAACAGAUUUCCUUGGUGUUCAUCGGUUUGUUGGACUUGUUUUUCUCCUAAUUUGGAAUUGGUGGUGGAAAUGAUAGAGCUAAAAUGUCAAUCAAUACAUCAGAUGAUCGCCCCAUUUUGAAGUGUCGUGCUAGUUGAACAAUGGAUGCGAAUUUAUCUUCUACUACAUGUAUGUCUGUAUGAUCUGCCCACUGCCUUCCCCGGUGGUUCCGUUAACAGUCGCAUCCCUGUGUCAUGGUGGCGUCUCCGUGCUGCGUCUCCGGCGGGGGAUAAGUGGGAGGGUCACGAGGGCAAACAGUCUAUUCGGAACCGACCAAAGACUGGAAAAUAAUGACGACUACCUGAAUUUUCUGUCCCAAUUCCUGUAUCAACUGUAAAAGACCAAAAUGUAAAGGGACUAAAGAAAGUUUUAGUCGUUACCAAAUCCCACCACACACUCUUGGACCAAGAAUAUCUCUGGGACUUAACUUUCAA